AGCUCAGACUCCGCCCGAAUCGAGUCGCGGGCGCGAUGGAUUCGACUCUCGACGGACCGUGAUGGAUUCGCUGAGGAUUUCCAGGUGACGUGGAGGAAAUGUCUGCAGUGGCCGAGCUGGAACACUUCAUCGGCUAUGGCGGCAAGCACCUCAACACCGUUCGCUACCAUCCCACGGAGGCAGAGACAUUGGUGUAUGCCGCCGCGUCAGCCAUCAUCAUUGAGAACGUCAACGAUCCUCACAAGCAGGAGUUCCUCAGAGGACAUGACGCGGACGUGUCAGCGAUCGACCUGUCCCUGAAUGGCAAGCUCUUGGCCAGUGGGCAGCUCGGUUCACCGUUCCGCAAGGGCGCUGUGGCGCCGGUGGUCGUUUGGGAUUUCGACAACCGAAGUCGUUACAUCGACUUCAAUGGUCUAGCCCAUUCGGUGCUUUGUGUACGGUUCUCGCCGGACGGGCGCUUCCUAGUCGCAACGGGCGCCAACCAAAUGAUCUUCGUUUGGGAUGUCUCCACGGGAGAAGUGGUCUACAACCGCAGGACGGAGAGUCCGUGUUUCCUGGGAGUUUGGGGCCCCAUCUUGGAUCUGAGCUCGCGCUAUCCAUCGUAUCAGUUGUGUACGACCUACGACAGUCAAGUGCUCUACCAUGUCAUGAAAUUUGACAUGAGGUCCAUGUGCUACACCUUGGAAAGCGAUGCGAUGCAGUUUCCGCCUUCGGGGCUGCAGCGGAAACACAUUUGUGGCCUUGUGACUGGGGACUUUUUAACGACAGGCACCUCGGCGGGUGACCUUUGUGUCUUCAACAUCAAGACCAAGGUGUUCCGCACCGCCCUGCCUGUUUGCAAUAAUGGCGUUACCAGCAUGGCCCAGUCGGGUGAUUUGCUCUUUGUGGCCGGUGGAGAUGGACGGAUCAAAGCGCUGCGAGGCUUUGACAUCCAGUGGGACGUCCUGGCUGAAAACAUGCUGGACUCCGGUGUCACGGCCUUAACGCCCUCAGCAGACGGCGCUGAGCUGGUGGCUGGCUCUAGGAACGGGAAAAUGUGGCGGUUGCUCUCCUCGGAUCUGACAGCGACCCUUCAGAGCGCCUCGCACACGGGCGAGGUCACGGACAUCGCCUUCGGCACCCGGAGCGACGUCCUGUGCACGGUGUCGGACACCGGAGAGGUCUUCUUGUUGGAUCUUUCAGAUUACAUGCCCAUCACCACGGCCUUUGCCAAGUCACCCGUGCGAACAGCAGUCUUUGCCCGCAACGGCGAGAUCUUGGCCGGUUAUGAUGAUGGCUACUUGCGAGCUUGGUCUUCCGACAAGGGGACGAGCAAGCAAUUGUGGCAGAUGAACUGCCACAGGCAAGGGGUGACGGUGGUCCGUGAGACCGCGAACUUCGUGGUCACCGGCGGGGGCGACUCUGCGGUCCGCUUUUGGCACCGAACGUCACGGGAGAUGUUAUCAUCCUUCCAGAACCAUCGGAAGCCAGUGGCGGACAUUCUCCUCGAUGAGGUGAGUCCUCAUGUGGUUCACUCCGCCAGCGAGGAUAAGCUAGUCGUCACGUAUGAUCUAAAGCAGAAUAAAGCUUUGGUCCAGCACACCUCGCCCGGUGGCAAUAUCACUGGCAUUUCUCAAAGGAAGGACCACGACAAUGAGGUGGUGAGCUGCGCUCAAGAUGGCAAGCUCCUCUUUUGGGACGUUGACUAUCCUGACCCCACAGGAUGCAUCGACGGCCCCACCGAGUCGAUGCUCCGGUUGCGUUGCUGCGAGAUCUCGCCCAACGGCAGAUACAUCGCGGCGGGCUCCGACGACGCUAGGAUGUACAUCUACGACUUGGUCUCCUGCCAGUGUAUACAAGAAUGCGAAGGACAUUCAGGUGGGAUCACACAGGUCCGAUGGAGUCCGGACCAAAAGCAACUCAUCAGCGCUGGAAAGGAUGGCUGCGUGAUUGUGUGGAAUUUUUUCGAAUUAUAACUGCUCGCCGUCCCCCGGUGCGCCAAUGCUGCGUACGGUGGACCUCUCCCUGGCGAGAGGGAAGGUUUGGCGUCAAUGAGUUC